AUGGACGCCUAUCGUGAUGAAUGCUCCGAGAUUCACGUCGCCUACAGGACGGACGGCUACCUCCUCAAUCAGCCGCGGAUGCACUUGCAGUCGCGUGUAUCCACAACUACCGUCCAUGAAAUUCUUUCCGCUGACGAUUGCGCUCCCAACGCAACCACAGAAAGGAAUAUUCAAAGGAGCAUGGACCUCUUCAUCAACACGGAGAAAACGGUGGUUAUGCACCAGCCGCCACCCAACGCUGCCUACAAUGUACCUCUGAUCAACGUGAACGUCGCCCAUCUGGAAUCGUCGUCGUCUCCACCUCAGCACCAAGCUCAAGAUGUAUAA